UUUAGUUUACGCUAUAUAUAUGCUGCAAACACCAUGAAUAUAUCAGGGAAAUAUUAUAAAAAGCUACCGAUUGUUUGUUUUAAACGUGCACUGUUACAAUGUGUUCAUAUUUCUAUUCAUUUUUAAGACUAGCAAUAUAUUACUGGUUCCCUACAAAACAUUCUAUUCAUUUGAAGACGAUCAAUAGAUAAACGGAUUUGUUCAAACAAAGAACUUAUGGAGGGAGGUCACACCUAAAGAUGGCGAUAUUUUCAAAGGCUUUAUGUUGUUCAGUUUAAGCGAAAGGAAACAUGAAGAAAUAAUAUAAAUCGGAUUUACGUGAAAUUUGAUUUGGACAUCGGCCUGAUAUGGACAAACGAAAAUUAAGAAUGAGGCCAGUCAAGACCAAUAUGAAAACAAUAAGUGAAGAUGAUAAAGAUAUCCAACCAUCAAAGAAAUUCAAGAUGGACACAGACGACACAGCUUUAUCAGAACAUGUCAACCCAGAGACACCAGCAACUCCAGUUUACAUACAAAGCGCAACAUGUACCUAUCUCGAUUCCGGAUAUGGAAGUAGUGUGGGGACAUCGCAGUACAGCUUUACUCCGCAGCCAGGUUCAAAUAUAUCGAGCCCGCCAGAUGAUUGUGCGUCGGCGUUUACGACCAAUAUGCAGAAGGGAAAGGUCAAAAAGAGAAUCAUUUUUAAAUUCGGACCAGACCAUUUACGAAAAUACUUCCAAAAGCAUUUUGUAAAGUUCAAGGAUGAAGUUGAUCCGAAAGAAAUUUCUGAUCAUUUGUUUGCAACUGGAGUGAUUUCAGUCCGAGAUCUGGAAAAGGUCGCCGAAACGCAUGGUCGUGGGAAGAAAGUUGAUAUCAUGAUCAAAGCCAUAGUGCAUUCAAGUGUGAUAAAUGAUGUCAACACUACAACAAAGGUUUUAGAAGCUUUUGCACACAAUGGCCGCGAAGAUUUGUUCAACGAUUUUAAUGAACACAUUCACGACCAAGAUGAUAUGUCGCUCCAAGACGAAUUCCCAAAGGAGAGAAUACAAUCGAGUUUGAAAAAACACGAGCGAUUGCUCAAUGAUGAAAUUGAUCCUUUGACAAUCAUUGACGAACUUCUUGAAAGAGGGGUUUUAACAUUUGACGAGCAUCAAAACAUCAUGGACAUAGACUUCAAGCCUACAAAAAUGAUGUGCCUUUGCCAAUACGUUUUUAAAAAGCCUGCAUUCGCAUUUUGGGAGUUUUGCCAAACUCUCAUUAAAGACCCGAUUUACAAGGAGAUUGGUAAUAGUCUUCUAAGGAAAGGCAAUGACUCAGGUGAACCUUCACAGCAAGUUGAAAUGGAUUUGCGUCUGGAUCUUCCAUUUAGUAAUUGUAUUCCGAAUACAAAUGGAGACAAAAACGUCACUGAAAUAAAGUUUGAACUAGAUUCUCAACAACUAGAGAAGAUGAUAGUCGAUGAUAAUAGCGAUGUUGGAAAUAAUGAUGACUUGAAACAUGAGGCAAUGGAUCUCGGUUUCGAUGUCGAAAGUCUCGAAUUUUCAUCGAUCAAAAUUAGACUUAGAUGUCUUACAGAACAGUCGUUAUUAAAUCUGAGGGGAAAAUCUGAAGAGUCUCUGUUGUAUAUCGAAAAUAUUUUGAAGACACUUAUUACACAAGAACAUUUGGCUUUAAUGAGAGAAAAAAACAUAGCAUCAAUGAAAGUAACUGUGUACAUUCCCCCUCCAGAUGGAAAAAAUGUUAAAUGCUUGUGCAAGCUAACAAAAGAAGAGAUUGUGAAGCACUAUACACUGAUCGAAAAAGAUUUAAAGGACGUAAGCCUGCUAGUCCAUGCGAUUAUGCAACUGGAGGGUCAAACAAAACGGGAGGAAUGGUUAGAGGCACAGAAUGAUGUAGAUUCAAUCCUUCGAUUGAUAAUAGAUGGUGAAGACAAGCUCGUGUGCAUGCUAGAAAGGCACUUGCGACAAACUGAGCAGCUGCAGUUGCUGGCAAGAAUUACCAGCUAUGAUGAAACAGAGCACGUCUUGUCUGCUGAGGAUCUCCACCAGCGAAAAGAAAUCAUAUUAGAAGAAAUUGAGCCAAGAAAAUUUCUAGACAUGAUUCGCAGAAUGGAGGGAAGCGAAGCCAUUCUUGAUAAGGUGAUGACCAAUGAUGUAUCCCGACGAGAACGAUGCGAAGAGUUCUUAAAAUUCGUGCAGGAUAAGCAUGCUGAAGGACAGUUUCAAGAGGAACUGCAAAGACAAGAUAUGACACAUUUGAUCACUUUGCUCUCAUCCAAGGCAACAAACAUCAACUCGAGGAAUGCUGCGAACUUUAGAGAGGCCCUGAUUUCUACAAUCGGUACAAUAUGUGAAAAUAUCGAACCACUUCGAUUCAAGAAGUUUAUGGUUCGACCACCGGAACUGAGCGAGGACAAAUUUGAGAGCAUAUGUAGAAAUAACACUAGGAAGAGUCGAGUAUAUGCAUUGAUUGAAGCAAUUAUCAAAGGACCUUCAAUUUUGAUCGACAGAUUUAUGGAGGGUUUAGACGCACUCGAAUACCAUGGGCUCUUACGACUAAUUAAAGAAAACGCGGAGAAAUACCGAGAUUGUCCUCGACUAAUGGGAAGACUCGAAGGCGAAGUAUUUACGAUCGGCGGCACGUUUCACAUCAACUACAAGAACUGUGAUAGUGAUCCCGAAUCGCAACUUCAGGUGUACCUAAAUCUCCAGAAAAAAAUGUCUUGUCCAAAGAUCGAUACUGAAUUUCUAGAUGGCAUUGAAGACCAACAAGGAUGUAACGCUAUUUUACGGGAUGCAAGAAUUUCUGAAUGGAUAAGAAUGCAGCAGCAACAAGGCAAUGAAUGUAACAGUAAUCUUUCGACAGAACCAAGUGACAUUUGCACGCCGUCCCAGCCAAAUGUUCAUGAACACUCAGAAAAGCAGUCAGAAGAGACAAUGACGACAAGUUCCCAUGCACCAACUAUUACACCUAGGCUUAAUAGUCCAUAUCCAUCAGAAUACGAGGACAUAACGCCUCCAAUUACGCCGAAUUUUCAGCUAACUGUACCAAGCAGACCAUAUAAACGAAAAAGACUCAAAUCUCUAUCGGAUGGAAGUAAUUCGAACAUGUCUUCUCCGUCAUCGUCAAACAGCCGAUCUCCAACCCCUGCUGCGACUAAUUCAAUGCAAAGUAGAACCAAAGUGUUUCAAACUGGUGAACAAAGGUACCCAAAUAAUCCGAACAAGCGUGAAGCUUUAUGGGGUAAUCUGUUACCAGUUAUUAUUAAGUAUCAACUGGAUCAAAUGCAUGACAGCUAAUACACUGGUUAUAAUGUUCGUUUACGAUUAGCAAUAUCAUUUGACCGCAUGUCAAUUAAGAUUUUAAGAAUCGUUUUAGCUUCAUUGAACAGAACACGUAAAAUUUAUUUUGUAACAUGUUCAAUUAUCCUAUUACCAGAUGAAAAUCGAUUACCAGAUGAAAAUCGAUAGUAUAACAACAAUCGUAUAAACUUGAGCUUUAUACUAUCGCUAUUUUUAAAUCACACUCGGGGUUUUCCAAAAUAUUACGGAAGAAAAAAAUCGUCAAAAAAAUGAGAUAUUUGAUAACUAUUAAUGGAACAAGGGAGGAAAUAAUAGGAUAAAUAAAAUAUAAUGUGAGUUUUUUAUAAAGAUCAAGUUUAUCAUGCUCGCGCUACCAUGGCUACCUUAGCCUCGCAUGGUAAACUUGAUCUUUAUCCAAAACUCACAUUAUAUUCUCUAUUUAUCUUAUUAAAUGUUCAAGUUAUUUGGUUUGUAUUAUUGACGCUUGUGUUGUCGUUGCUUCUGUUUCUGUUAUGAAACGGUGCAGGGCCUGUUACGGCCUACGGGCACCGGGGGUAGGGGGUGCGCUUAUUGUACUGAUUUGAAUCACUCGACUGUAUAAGCGCCAAUUACGUCACUUGACAUAAAGAUAAUUCCAGUCAACGGUCGUUUCUAUAAAACAUGAUUUUGCAUCGACUGUCCCAAGGCAGUGAUCCCAGUUUAAGUUGUGAUUAGAGCACUAGUUCUUCUAUCAGUUUGAUUACGUAGCGUUCGUCUGUGGAUGUGUAGUCGUUUGUAAUAAAGCGGGCUGCUUUGCAUUGGAAAUAUGCGAGCUUUAUUAUGUAUUUUGCCAGAUAAUGGUCCCAUCUGAUGAGAACAUAGUCCAUUUAGUAUCUAACUAGGGAUACGCAUUCGGUUUUCUUGCAAUCUUUGGUACGUUGUCUAAGGUUUCUUAUAAGAACAGCCAUGACGGAGUUUGCUGUAUCAUAAUCUGCUACUUUAGUUACCGGUAUGUCUGAUGACAAUUUUAAAUCUCGCUGUGAACGAGGUCAAGGUUCGAAUUUUCGCUGAACUGUUUUGAAAUUUCACGCCAUGGUGUAUAUAAGUGAGAGGAUUUACAGUUAAUACUCAGGAGUUAGCACUUUUUAGGUGUUUAACGGAUUUAGCACGUGUCGGUCAAUAUUUCAAUUUCCUGAAGUUUUUUAAAGAUUAAGUGGUAUCUUGUUGAGUACUGAUUUUUUUCUACAUAGAAGGCAAUCAUCUGCGAAUAAACGGUCUUUGGACUUAAUUGAUGGUGGUAGCUGGUUGUUAUGAUACACGAAGGGGACGGUUACGAGCAUUGUGCCCUGGGGUAGGCCAUCAUUUGUUUGGUUGCCCGGGUUGACUUAAGUUUGAACAAGGGUCGAUACGGCCGAUGCUUGUUGUUUUUCACAGUUUUCAGUACGACAUUUGAUAUACCCGAGUUCAGACAUCAGUAGGGAGUUUUGUUUUUGCACAUGAGUUGGCUUUUUUUCUGAGCUUUUUGUAAAGAUAGAGCUGUAUAAUUCGAAAACUAUUUGAGCUUUAUCUUUGCUUCAGGGUUAAAGUAUUCAUUUAAGUUACAUGAGGGGAUAUGCCAACUCAGUCUUGGAGUUUGGAGUUAAAGUAUUUCCAAAAAUGGUUGAUAACUUCAUCGAAAUCUUCUUGUUUAGUUGUGUUUACCUAUUCCACCUCAGCUCACUUAAAUUCUCGUUUACAAACGUUUUGGUGGUAUUUUAAGGAUGUCUAUCUAUUUGUCCUUUUUUAAUCUUAUAUAAUCUUGCUUUUUUCUUGAUAAGUUUUAUUCGUGCGUCUAUUUAACCUUACUACUGUGUUUUUAUUUUUAAAUGUUGAGAUGGAAAGUGUUUGUCCAUCAUAUACUUGAUGCUAUUUUUCAGUAUGUACAAGAGGUCUAUAGCAUGGUGAUUUUUCAUGAAUAUGAAUUUUUCGGACAAUUCCUCUCUUACUCUAUUACCAACAGUCUAGUUCACUUUAGUGAAUACACCAAUUUGAUUUUGCUUGUUGGAUAUUACACAGGGUUUUGAUGUUGAAAUAUGUUACCGCCAUUGAAUGGUAACUAAUUCCUGGGAUGCUAGUGCAUAUCUAGGGUUGGUUUAUUUGUGAUGUUUCCACCUCGGUAGGGUUAUGAUUUUGUGGGGGUCCAUGUUUGAUUGAGAUUUUAUUUACUCUAGUUGCAUGGUUGCAUAAGGUGUGGUGGUGUUUACUUGCUUGUUUCUCAAUUUAUAUUAAUGCAGUAGAAGUCGCCCGCCAAGAUGAUGUGUUUUCUUUGCCCAGUUCUAGUUAGAUUAGUCAACGAAGUAUCUAGUUGCCUGUGAACAGCCAUCUUUCAAUGCGUCAUUUAGAAUAAUAAAGAGAAAGAUCCUUGUUUCCAUUCAGUUUCAACAUGUGUAUUUUGCAGUUUGUUGCUAAUCGAGUUUGUUCAUCAACUAGGAGUUCUUGUUUGACUCCUACGAACACACCUGUUUUAGUUGAGCGAUCAUAUCUGAAUUUUUGUUUUACUUUAACAUGAUGUGAUUGCAUCCUUUAAAUGCUUCAUUCACUGCUUUGAUCUCUAUAAACAAUGACUCAAUAAAGUCAGGUGUUUGCAGUAAAUGCGUGUCUAUGUUCACGAAUUCUUUUACAGUCUACAGUGAGAAGUCUGAGGUUCGUGUUUGCUGGAAUGCUUCUAGAUUAUUAUUGUAUUUAUAUGACUUAUUUAUAUAAGAUGAACGUUAUUGUCAAUGUUUUUUUUUACUCUGUAAACCAUACUUUCUCAUUAAGGGAUUUUUAUUGUCAUUCAUAAAGAUGCAACACAAUUAUACAUUCUUCUGCUAUGUUUGUUAAGAUCGGUUGAAAAUGACCUCAGUUGUUUUAACAUUAAAUGACUUUCAUAGUUCCAUUCUGUUACACAAUGCAGAAACGUCCCAGGGAUUCACAUCAAUUUUAAUUGUAGCAAAUUUGCAAAACAACUUCAUAAUAUGUUAUAUGUAUUUAAUAUUUUUUUAUUUGUAAUGUUGAUGUGUUAAAAUUAUUGUUAUUCUAUAUGAGAUGUGUUACGGAAAUAAAAACUUUUUUUCUUUUUUUUAAUGAACACAAAUUGUUUCCCAUUUUAAUAAAGCGGUUUAAAAAUAGAUAUCUGCAAAAUCUCAAUGGAACCUUUCUAAUAUUAAGUAAAGCAGUUAAUACAUUGAGAAAAUGUACAAAUAAGCGUCUAACAAAUAAUCCAAAACUCAACAAGAGAUACCUAUAAAAAAAUGUUUAGGUCACAAAAAAAUAGGGUUGGUCGGGUAAGUAAAAUCAAACACAAUAUUUCACAACUUAUUAUUCUUCUCAAGUGUAAAUGGCAUUGAAUGUACUUAUUCCCAAUGAUCAAUUAAAUUAUCAAUUUAAUCUUAAUAGGCUAAUUAAAUUCACUGUAGUUGAAAUCAGAAAUGUAUAUUUAAUAUAUCCAAGUUUAGACAUUUGAAAUAAAUUUGAAACAAAAAUGGAGAUGUAAACUUCAUAUCCUUCAGUGAUAUGGCCCAUAAUCUUGAAUAUAAAACUGUGUAUUGUACAUUUUUAUUGUAUUGUUAUAUUUAUUUUUGUAGUUAUUUACAUGAUUGACAUUAACUAGUAUUGUAGAAAUUAUUUUAUUGAUAAAACUGCGUAUUAUACAUUUUUUUUUCUAAAGUCAUUAACAUGAUUAACAUUUCCUAGUACUGUAAAAAUUAUUGUUUUAAUUCUAUGAUUUAUAAUUUUAAACUGUUCACCGUUAGAAAGCUUUUUAUUUUUAGUUUAAACCUUUUUAUUUUCGCUCGAUUGCAUUUUAAGUACUUACUACUUAUUUGAAACGCUCACCCGUCCGUUUCCUGGUGUCUUUGGGGGAGAUCUAAAGAACGCCUCCACAGUGGGGAUCGAACCCGUGACCUCUGGGUCGCUAGGCAGACACCAUAUCCAUUUCACAAUGGCGACAUUUAGACAGUAGUACCAGUAUUAUUUGACAUCUUCAAUAUUUAUUUUAAAAUUGUAUGAAACAUUUCAAAUUGUUUGAUUAUGUAGAGGCGUAACCUUAUGUUAGUGUAGGAAAAUAUAGGAUUACUGAACCAUGUACCCAUAUCAUAUAUGAAUACAUUUUUGCAAUAGUUUAGUUUUUAUUCACUGGUGUUGCCAGUUCUUAAUUUUUGGUAUUUUACUUGAUCCAAUGUUAGAAAACCUGAACAAUUAAAGCUAACAAGAAAUUGUAUUGUAUAAGAUACCAUAGAUUUAUGUACUUGAUGACCUCUAUCAUAAUGCAUUUUUAUUAGCUCACCUGAGCACAAAGUGCUCAUGGUGAGCUAGUGUGAUCGCUUUUUGUCCGUCGUCCGUCGUCAAAAUUUACCUUGUGAACAUGCUAGAGCCCACGUUUAUUGUCCAAUCUUCAUGAAAAAACUUGGUCAGAACAUGUUUCCCAAUGAUAUCUUGGACGAGUUCGAAAAUGGUUCCGGUUGGUUGAAAAACAUGACCACCAGGGGGCAUGGCAGUUUUCCUUAUAUGACUAAAGUAAAACCUUGUGAACACUCUAGAGGCCACAUUUCUUGUUCAAUCUUCAUGAAACUAGGUCAGAACAUGUGUCCCAAUAAUAUCUUGAGUACGAAAAUGGUUGCGGUUGGUUGAAAAACAUGGCUACCAGGGGGCGUGGCAGUUUUCCUUAUAUGGCUAUUAUAAAACCUUGUGAACAUGCUAGAGGCCACAUUGAUUGUCCAAUCUUCAUGAAACUUGGUCAGAACAUGUGUCCUAAUAAUAACUUGGACAAGUUCGAAAAUGGUUCUGGUUGGUUGAAAAACAUGGCUUCGAGGGGGGCGUGGCACUUUUCCUUAUAUGGCUAUAGUAAAAGCUUGUUAACACUCUAGGAGUCACAUUUUUUGUCCAAUCUUCAUGAAACUUGGUCAGAACAUUUGUCCCAAUUAAAUCUUGGCAGAGUUACAAAAUGGUUCCGGUCCGUUGAAAAACAAGGCCGCCAGUGAGGCGGGUCAGUUUUCCUUAAAUGCCUAUAGUAAAACCUUGUUAACUCUCUAGAAGUCAUAUUUUAAUCCAAUCAUCAUGAAACUUCGUCAUAACAUUUUUUCUACAUAUAUCUCGGCUGAGUUUGAAAAUGGUUCCGGUCCGUAAAAAAACAUGGCCGCCAUGGGCGGGGCAGUUUUUCUAAUACGGCAAUAGUAGCUACAGUAAAACCUUUUUUUACACUGUAGAAGUCACAAUUUUAUUCCAAUCUUCACGAAACUUAGUAGGAACAUUAGUUCUAAGGAUAUCUUGGCUAAGUUCGAAAAUUGUUGCGGUUCGAUAAACAACAUGGUCACCAGGGGGCGGGCAGUUUUCCUUAUAUGGAUAUAGAUCUAGUAGCUAUAGUAAAACAUUGUUAACACUGUAGAAGUCACAUUUUUAGUCCAAUCUUCAUGAAACUUGGUAGGAACAUUUGUUCUAAGGAUAUCUUGGCUGAGUUUGAAAAUGGUUGCGGUCCGGUGAAAAACAUGGCCAUCAGGGGGCGGGGCAGUUUUCCUUAUAUGGCUAUAGUAAAACCUUGUUAACACUCAAGUUUUACGUAAAUACUACUCAGGUGAGCGACCAGGGCCACCAUGGCCCUCUUGUUAAUGUUUAUUAUCACAGCAAAUGACAAAACAUGUAGUAGCUGCAUCACCCUUCAUUGGGUGGGUGAAUAUUUGGAAGGUUUUAGGUUGGCUUUGUAACUUUUUAAUGUCUGGAGGAAUUGUAAUACAUUUAGAACAUCUGAUGUUUAUUUUUCGCUAGACGAUGUGAAAAUUCACAAGCUCCUUGUGAAAGGUCAAAGUCACAAUUCAAUCUCAAAAAUCAUGAUUUUUUGUUAAAGCUCUAUGACAUUGUAUUGAUUAGAAGUUUUUUAACAAUAUUUGAUUAUUAUUCCCCAUGAACAGACAAUGUGUUGUGUACAACCCUGCACUUAAAAGUUGUCAAGGAUUUUUAUCUUUAUUUAUUAUUUUAUUGAUCUUAUAUAUCCCCCUGAAAAGCAAAUAAUUUGGGGGAAGCCUUGUUUAUUGCAAGAAAGUAAGAGUAAUUUGAUUUUAAUUUUUGUAUCCCCUGGACCUAUUUUUGUACAUAUAACAAGAAAACAAACAUGCAGUGAGAUGUAAACCCACCUUGGAUCUGUUUCUUAGUAUAAAAACAGUUACAAGAUUCUUAUAAAAAAAGUUAAAGAUUUUCUGAACAGCUUUAUAUCUGUAUUCUUAAAGGUGAGAAUAUUCUUCCAACAAGUACAAUGCUAUUCAUAUUUAAUGUAUUCAAUGCAUAUCAGAUAUGUAUGAAUGCGAUACUGGAACAAUAUAACAUUUAUUAAAGCUCGACAAAAUUGACAUGGCACUCGUGCAUUUAAUAACAGCAUAACUUGUAUUCUUGGAUCAUUGGCUAUAUUUGCAUUCGGUUUUGUUUGUGCACGUUUGCAUGAUUAUAACAAGGCCAUAACAGUUUACUUUGUGAAGAAUGUUUCAAUCGAUUUAAAUUGCUUCCAAAACGGAAAUAAAUGAUUUCAUCGUAACGGUAGUUUAAUAUAUCAAUGCAUAAAGGUCAGUGACAGAUUAAUAUUAGCAAGCUUUAUCAAGAAAUAUCCUGAACUUUUAUAUUAUAUGCAUGAAUAUUUUGUAAUCUUUAUAAUCAAAGCGUAUUAAUAAAAAAUAAUUAUGAA